AUGGGCGAACUACCAAUCGAACAUCUGAAGCCAAUGCCUUCCAUUCUACCGCACAUCAGACAUCUUCGCUUAUUCACAAAUGACAGUGUCAUGUAUAAUCACAUCAAUUCGAAAGGAAGAAGGAUUGCGCCACGUGUAGGAAGAUUUGUACAGUUUGAUGUUGGUCAACGGCGUAGUGUGUAUGAAGCUCGUUUGAACGAUACGUUUGAAGGAUGCUGGUCGGACACAUUGGAGAGUAUUGAAGACGCAAGCACAAACAUGUUAUCCUCAUGCUUGCUCAACUGCUCAACACAACCUUUUCAACAUUUAACCCGGCUAUGGCUCAAUUACUCCAGUAUUGCUGUCUCUAGCUUGGAAAAUGGAAUGAACUAUCUGUUCACCGGUUUGAAGCAAGCACCUUCUAUCAAGGAAAUGGCGCUGAAUCACACGCAUGUCAAUUUUGCACAUCUAGAUCUGUUGCACCAGCAUUGCCAGCAACUGCACUCGCUAACAUUGGAUCAUGUCAGCAUUUAUAACCACCCUUCAGGGCCAGGGCAGAGAUUCUUGUACGAUAUUCCACCUUUGCACUAUGAGCCUGCAGAAGCACCUCAACUGAAGCACUUGUUUAUUGUUUCAGCCACCAUCGUCGCUGGAACGCCUUUACUGGAAUACAUUGCAGCAAAAUACAGACACGUUGAAUAUAUAAAGUGCCUAGUAGCAAAUAGCGAACCCACCCGGACGCAGGAUACGUACAAAGGACAAGCUGCCUCGUUGAUUACAUCUUGCACCGCAUUGAAAUAUUUCGAAUGCAACUUGUUCAGCCCAACACCGUUACUUCUGAGGAUGAUGGACAAUCAAGGUAUCAGGAUGGAGCAGGAUCUCAGGCUCGGAUUCACUGAUGACGCUGAGAGUUUUGUUGUGAUAUGCACUAGUGAUCAUCACAAAACGGCUGUGAAAAGUGUAGACAUGCAAAUCAACUAUUACCCAGAUCAUUUCAACGACUUGAUAUUAAACUUAGAGAACCUCACUGAAUUGACGAUCAACAACCUUGGAUAUCGAAUUGAGGAAAUAUCAUUUGAAGAGGAUGAUUGCUACUAUGAGUCUACAAUGCUACCUUUGAAUGUGCUUCUAAACGGAUUAGAACAUCUGGAGAAGCUUGAUCUUCAAGGCUUUUUCAUUACUGUGGAUAAAGAAGAGACAUUACAACAUCGCAUCAGAAGCAUGGUAUUCAAUCAGUGCACCUUUGAAAGCUUCAUGAAUGAAAACGAUGGCACCUUGUUCAGUCCUUGCAACUAUAUUUCGACAUGCUGCCUGAAAUUACAAUAUGUGAAACUACAUGGACAAUGGAACUACGAUCCGCACGAGAGUGAAGUCAGUCUAAGGCUAUUUGAUCACACAGAGAUGAGUGGUGUCGAGGUGUUUAUUGAGUAUUCAUGUCCUUACAUUCGACAUGUGGAUGAGGAGGGAGCAGAGACAUGGUUUGAAAUACAACGACCCAACAUAGAUUCAGUAUUUGAAUAUGUUCCAAUCGACAGUAAUGGAGUACAAAUGAACCUAGACAAGCCCAAUUAUUUCACCAUUGAAUGCGCAGAUACCAAAGUGUUUUAUACACAAAAAGUGUAUUAUCAAGAGCCUUACCAAUUUUGA